GCCGGCCCUAUUUAUUACAUCUAAUGUCCCCUCCCCAACAUGAGGAUCUAGUAUCCCCAAACUCCACAAAGUCUGGUGUUGCGAAGAAGGAAGAUCUUGACGGAGAACGUGUGCCCUUACUCUUAUCUGCCGGUCCCUCGAACUCUAGUCGAGCAUUCGGCCGGUCCAGGCGUCAUAGUACGGCAGAUUCAGCCCUUUGUAACCAGCACAAAGAUAACCAACACCCUCACGGACCAGAAGCAAUAAAUUAUCAUUCUUCCGACGAGCCAUCUUUUCUCGACGCAAUCAUGGAGAAAGUUAAGGGAAAUAGACUGGCGUAUUAUUUUGACAAAUUGGCCGUGGAAAGCGAGCCGGGUCUGACGAAUGCACAAUUAAUGCUGAAUAACCAUGAUUUGAAGCCCGGUAAGAUGAGCAGUACUACCACAUGAAAAUCUCAUGUCUAACAGAUUGUAGUUGAACCAGCACGACGACAAUGGAGCAGUUGGAAUUUUGUGGGUUUCUGGAUAGCAGAUUCAUUCAAUAUCGUGAGCUUCUCAGAAUUAAUUCCCGGGAGCAUUUUACUAACACAGCUGUGUAGAACACAUGGAUGAUUUCAUCUAGUAUGAUCGUAGGAGGUUUGAGCUGGUGGCAAUCUUGGAUUUGCGUAUGGAUAGGUUAUUCUAUCGCAGCCUUCUUCAUAUGCCUUACCGGAAGAAUUGGUGCCACUUAUCACAUCUCCUUCCCAGUCGUAGCUCGUGCCAGUUUCGGAAUCUGGGGUGCUUUAUGGCCAGUUCUGAAUCGAGCUGCCAUGGCAUGUAUUUGGUAUGGAGUACAGUCAUGGAUUGGAGGUAAAUCUACAUAUCCUUCUUUUCGAACGACACUUGACUAAUAUGAUCAGGAAAUUGUGUCAAACUCAUGAUUUCAGCAAUCUGGCCCUCUUUCCAGAGAAUCCCCAAUGGAAUCCCCAGUUCCGGGACAACGACAUAUGACUUCGUGGCGUUCUUCAUAUUCUGGGCCGGCUCACUACCAGCUAUUUGGUUUCCAGUCCACAAAAUUCGUCAUCUAUUUACCGUAAAAGCAUACGUAGUCCCAGUUGCCGGUGUAGCAUUCUUCAUCUGGGCAGUCGUUCGCGCUCACGGAAUCGGACCCAUCGUCCACCAACCAGCAACAGCAAGCGGUUCCAAACUAGCCUGGGGAAUAAUCAGCGGUAUCAUGUCCUCCAUUGCCAACUUCGCAACACUAAUAGUCAACGAUCCCGAUUUCUCGCGUUUCGCCAGGAAGCCAAAGGACGCAUUUUGGUCUCAACUCAUCACCAUCCCAUGCGGAUUUGCCGUCACCUCAUUCAUCGGGAUCAUCGUCUCCUCAUCCUCAACAGUAAUCUUCAAGGGUGACCCAAUUUGGAGUCCUCUCAGUUUACUACAAUCCUUCCUCGACGAAGGGACGCCCAAGGACCGAGCGGGUGUCUUCUUCAUCGCCAUGGCUUUCACACUUGCACAAUUAGGAACCAACAUAGCAGCCAACUCCGUCUCAGCAGGGACGGAUAUGACCGCCCUCCUCCCACGGUACCUGAACAUCCGUCGUGGUGGCUACGUCUGCGCAAUCGUCGGAUUGGUCAUGUGUCCUUGGAAUCUGCUAUCUACAGCUAACAACUUCACCACCUACCUCUCGGCCUACUCUGUCUUCCUAUCCUCCAUCGCCGGUGUGAUCAUUUGCGAUUACUACAUCGUCCGGAAAGGAUACUUCGAAGUGAAGGAACUAUAUUCCGCUCGCAGGACCUCGCCUUACUACUUUACAUUCGGUAUCCAUUGGCGUGGAUACGUAGCCUAUAUUUGUGGAAUCCUUAUCAACAUCGUUGGAUUCGUAGGUGCUAUUGGGAAACCAGUUCCUAUCGGUAUGUCCUAUCCUGUCCCAUGCUUCUUAACCCCCUUUCUAGCCCUCCUCAUCCCCAUCCUCUUAAAUCCGUGGCUAACAUACAUCCAGGCGCAACAUACAUCUACAACCUCAACUUCUUCUGCGGCUUCCUCAUCGCCUCGGGCUCCUACUGGGUCCUCUGCACCCUCUUCCCCAUCCCCGCAACCAGCACAGUCUGGUGCGAAGUCGGCGAAGAGAUAGCAGAAGUGAGUAUGGCGUAUGAAGCCUCCAACGAGGGGAGCUUCUACGACGAGAGAGGUGCUGGAGCCAAGGGGUUUCAUCAGGGAGAUGCGAAGGUGGAUCUCGAAAGAUAGAUAGAUAGGUAGACACCAAGAUGAAAUUUGGGAUAGAGUAUAUACUUAUUGAUGAUUUGGAUGAAGAUGGAGUUCUUUUUUUCGCUUUUUGGCUUUGGGGUAUAUGGGAUAUAGGGUAUACAGAGGGGAUUCGAUUAUCGGGGUUACAGUACGGUGUGAGAGCGGAGAGAUACCAUUGUGUUUUUCCCUUGCCUUCCUUCGUUGUAUGGGCGAUUAGAGAUGUCUUGAGAAGUUCAAAGGAUAGAAACAGAAACAUAUCCCUAAUCUUAAGAAGAAGAAAAAACCAUCACCCC